AUGGGUGGCGAUAAUUCUAAGCUAGGCUACCGAAAUGCAGUUAUACAACUCACUACGAAAACCCAACCUGUUGAUUCUAACGAUGAUAACUUCUGGGACCAAUUUUGGGCUGAACAUCCAAUGUCUAUCCAAGAUAUUUUUGCUCUUAUCCCUGCAGCCGAAAUCCGAGCUUUAAGAACAGAAGCCCCAAAUAAUCUAGCUACUUUGUGCUAUAAAGCCAUUGAGCGUAUUGCACAAGUGUCUGAGUCUGCCUCACCAACCACCAAAGACCAAACUACAGUUCUUAACUGCAUUCGGUUGCUCACCAGGUUAUUGCCAUUCAUAUUUGAAGACACCGAAUGGCGCUCGUUUUUCUGGUCACCUCUCCCAGUUGAUCCCUCUGUAUCCCGAGAACAGGUUGAAUUUGUUCCACUUGCUCAAAGUUUACUGUCAGCACUCUGUGAUCUGCUAUUCUGUCCAGAUUUUACGGUGCAUUCCAUUUCCAAAUCUGGUCCUGAAGGCCCAGAAGAUAUGCAUACUAUUGACAGUUGUGAGUAUAUCUGGCAGUCUGGUGUGGGAUUUGCACAAGCUCCUGCGGUAAACGCCAUUCAUGAUUCUAAUCGGACAGAAAUUCUCAAACUUAUUUUGACUUGUUUUUCUGAAACUAUGUAUUUGGAACAAGAGGAGGCUCAUCGUUCUGAAAAUAGAUGGGUUACAUUUUUCACGAGUACGGCGAAUCGUCACGCACUGCCAUUAUUUGCUUCUUUGUUAAACGUUGUUUGUGCAUAUGAUCCAGUUGGUUUAGGUGUACCAUACAAUCACCUUAUGUUUUCUGAUUCACGUGAACCUCUAGUCGAGGUAGCUUUACAGAUACUAUGUAUAACCUUAGAACCUGAUCAUGUGAUAUCAAGUCCUACCUAUUCGAAUGCAUCAUUUCGUGAUUUAAACUCUUCUCACAACCAUCCUUGUUCAGAUGUUGACGAACAGUUAAGUUUAAAUGGCACUGGGAUGACUAGUCAAAAUAGUGGGAAUGGAGAUGUAUGGAAUAACGAGAUGAAUCUGUUCGUAAAUUACAUGUCUCGUAUACACAGAGAUGAGGAUUUCGCAUUUAUUCUCUCUGGAAUGACUCGCUUAUUAAAUAAUCCAUUAGUACAAACAUACCUUCCUGGAUCCAGCAAAAAAGUUCAAAUGCAUCAGGAACUUUUAGUGUUCUUUUGGCGAAUAUGCGAAUGCAAUAAGAAAUUUAUGUAUUACGUGUUAAAAUCAAGUCAAGUAUUAGAUUUAAUUGUACCUAUACUCUAUCAUCUUAAUAAUUCUCGUAAUGACCAAUCUCGUAUAGGAUUAAUACACGUUGGUGUAUUCAUCUUAUUAUUACUUAGCGGUGAAAGAAAUUUUGGUGUGCGUUUAAAUAAACCUUAUCGCCAUCGUUCCUUGUUAGAUGUUCCAGUGUUUACAGGAACACAUGCUGAUUUAUUAAUCAUAGUUUCUCAUAGAUUAAUUACAAGCGGACAUAAUCGUCUAAAUCCUUUAUUCGAUUGUUUGCUAACAAUCAUAGCUAAUGUUUCACCUUACUUGAAAAGUUUAUCAAUGGUCUCAUCAAACAAAAUAUUACAUUUAUUGGAUGCAUUCAGUCAGCCAUGGUUUUUGUACAGUAAUCCAUCAAAUCAUCAGUUAGUCUUUCUGUUAUUAGAAGUAUUCAAUAAUAUUAUUCAAUAUCAAUUUGAUGGUAAUAGUAAUUUAGUAUAUACUUUAAUAAGGAAACGUCAAAUAUUUUAUCGGCUAGCUAAUUUACCCACUGAUCAACCUACUAUUCAUAGUAUAGUUAAUAAACAAAUGAAAUCUCAAAGCAGUGGUCAUAUUACAAUGGAAUCUACUACUACUGUUCCUUCUAGUACUUCAUCUCGAACAUCUAGCAGCAGUGGUGGGAUUAAAAAAUCUGUUGACACUUCUGUUUGUAAACCUUUACCAAUAUCGGAAGUAGCAAAAUCUUCAUCUACUUCCACUUGUUUAUCUGUUGAAUCAUCUGUUUAUCAUAAUGACGAUAAUGAUAAUGUUGGUAAUAGUAAUGUUGACAAUUCAAGUAUUGUCGAGUCCAUGGAUCAAGUAUCUUCUCGGUUAAAUGAACUAAGUGUUGGUAAACCUGGCGAUUCGAUUCAAGCCAGUCUAGCUGAUGUCCCUCCAUUGCAUAAAAUGACAGGUAAACGUUUAGGCAAUGCUACUCAAUUAGAUGAACGUUUCUCAAAUUAUCAUUCAGAAAUCGAGAAUCAUUUAAUAUCACAUUCUUCACCUAGUCAGCGUAUUCCAGUGGAUAGUAAUAAUAAUGGUAAUAAUAACAAUGAAUCUGAUAAAGAUUCAACAAUACAUAAUGUUCAAGAAUGCCCAAUAAAUAGAUCUGGAAUUUCAGAAAGUUCUCUGAUAAGUACAAAUCAGACGAAAGAAACACAAAACAGUUCAUUAACUUCUGAUACACAAUCUUUUCAUUCCAUUGGAACAAUCACAUGUAAGCAAUCACGCACCAGUGGUAGAAGUAAUUCAUCUCAUUCAGUUAAUGAUAAUAAUGAUAAGUUACAAAAAUUGAAUGAAAGAAAUUCAUCGAAUUGGGAACCAACAUCAGAAUGGGUUCAUAGUUGGAAAUUAAAAAUGCCUUUUCAAACAAUUAUGCGUUUAUUGCAGGUAUUAGUGCCUCAAGUUGAAAAAAUCUGUAUUGAUAAAGGAUUAACAGAUGAAACGGAGAUUGUUCGUUUCCUUCAAAAUGGUACUCUGGUUGGUUUGUUACCUGUACCACAUCCAAUUCUUAUCCGUAAAUAUCAAUCAAAUACUGGUACAACCAUAUGGUUUCGUAACUAUUUAUGGGGUAUAAUAUAUUUAAGGAAUGUCACUCCACCUAUCUGGUAUGAAACCAAUGUUCGUCUAUUCGAAAUCCAACGACUUUAA